UAUAUACUCAUCAUAUCUGUUCCAUUCAAUCAUUUUGUAGCCUCUUAUUAAUCAUUAAUUUUGUCUUUCUCUUUGUUGCACAUCCCUCACUUGCGGCUUUAUUUUCAUGGAGAGUGUAGAAUUCAAGGUGGAGAUGGUGGGCAUACAUGAGAAAAGACUCAGAAAAUCGCUAUCGAAAUUGAGAGGAAUAGAGAAAGUGGAAGUAGAUGCAAAUAGGGAGAAGGUGGCAGUGACAGGAUAUGCACACAGAAACAAAUUACUUAAAGCCAUGAGAAGAGCAGGUCUCAAGGCUCAUUUCUGGUCUCCGCAAAACGACCUUCUCAAUGCCUAUGUCUCUACCGCUACUUGCGGAAGCUUCACAUUUCCAAAUUUUAGCUUCUUCUAAACUUUGUCUUCACAUCAUAGAUACAUAUAGUGAAAUGCAAGUUUUGCAGAUUUCUCUUUUUCUUUA